AUAUGUUGUGAUAAACCCAAUUGUAAUGUGUGUUUUUGUUUAGGGCACAUGGUGGUACCGCUCCAUCCGCUACAGUGGUGAUCAGAUCCUUAUCAACACCACACAGCUUUUCAUGCACUUUAUGUACAAAACGCCUACAAUGAACAUGAAACGAUUGGUGAUGGUGUUGACUGCAGCGUUUGAAUUUGAUCCUCGUAGUAACAAAGAGGCCAUUAUAAGACCAACAGACAACAUAGAAGUUCCUCAGUUGAUCCGGGAGCUGGGAAACAUUAAUGUGAAGAAGAAGGAGCCUCCAUUCUGCUAUCCCUAUAGCCUGAAGGCGCGAGUCUUAUUACUUACGCACCUUGCCAGGAUGGAUGUUUCUGAGAAUAUAGAGGAGGAUCAAAGGUUUGUGGUGAAGAAGUGUCCUGCUUUACUACAGGAAAUUAUCAAUGUUGGCUGUCAACUUACUAUGAUGGCAACCAGUAGAGGAGGGCUUCGGGCUCCCAGGCUGACAUCUAUAGAGAACUGCAUGAAGUUGUCUCAGAUGGUGGUUCAAGGACUGCAGGAGGCCAAAUCUCCUCUGCUGCAGCUGCCCCAUUUUGAAGAGGAGCACCUCCGAUACUGUAUGUCUAAGAAGUAUAAGGUACGGACAUUGCAGGAUCUGGUCAGUCUGAAGGACUCUGACAGGAGAAAUAUGCUGAGAUUCCUUGGGGAGGAGAAGUAUGAGGAGGUCCUGGCGGUCCUCUGGAGCUUUCCCUAUAUCAACAUGGAAACCAAACUUCAAGUGUUGGAUGAUGAAGAUAGCAAUAACAUCACGGCAGGAUCCAUUGUCACAGUUACGGUCACCUUGACAAGGAAGAGAAUGUCUGAGAUGUUUGAGAAAGAGGAGGAUGCACCACUACCUGCUGAGGAAACUAAUGCAGAGGAGCAAGGAGAUGCCAAAACAAACAAAACAAAAGUUUGGCAAAAUAAGAAUAAAGGAGCUAAAAAAGCUGCCAAGUCCAAAAAGAAGAAACUGACUAAGAAGAAACCAGUCACCCAACAGCAAGCAAAGGGAGACAAGGCCAAACAAGCCAAUGGCAAUGUGGCAGGAAAUGACGUUGCUGCUGCAUCAAAAGCGGAAGAGGACGAUCUCUCUGAUAAAGGCAGUGAAUCAGACGAGGCAGAGGGAAAUAAGGACUCGCCCAGCGAGAGAGAUGAGGAGAGUGACAAGCAGAGUGACACUGAGGUGGACGAGAUUGCUGGAGAUGACGAGGAGGAAUGGGAGGCACUACAACAGAGCAUUCAGCGUCGUGAAAGGGCACUAUUGGAGACCAAGUCUAAGGUCACACAUCCUGUCUACAGCUUGUACUUCCCUGAGGAGAAGCAGGAGUGGUGGUGGCUCUACAUCGCAGAUAGGAAGGAACAGACGCUGGUGUCUAUGCCCAGCCACGUGUGCACACUCAAAGACACAGAGGAGGUUGAACUGAAAUUCCCCGCUCCAUCCAAAACCGGAAACUAUCAAUAUUCUGUGAUUCUCAGAUCAGAUUCAUUCAUGGGAUUAGAUCACAUCAAGCCACUCAAGCUGGAGGUUCAUGAGGCGAAGGCCAUGAUGGAUAACCACCCUCAGUGGGAUAUCCCAGAAACCGAGGAAGAGGAGGAUGACCAGGAGGACAGUGAUGGCAUUGAGGAAUCCGAGGAAGACGAAGAAGACAACGACUAAAGCAGUCAUUUCAUGCAGACUUGAGCACAGCUCAUACACCCAUGUGCCCACUCAUGCACACACACACACACGCUCCUACACAGCCACAAAGCCCCAGACCAUUGCCGUCUUCUGGGCCGCCACACACCGGAGGCAAACAGGAGGCAAGGACGUUGACGCCCCAUGUUCCUGUUCAAAACACUCAUGAGUCACAAAUCUGUCCUUUUAGUUCGCCAAUCAAAAUAAGACUUAAGGAACUGUUGGUUACCUUUUCCUGCGUUCAUCCAGUCGUUAUCGGUGGGCUGUCACAGUGGUUAUUUGUGGGGUCCAGCUGUGUUUCAGAUUCCUCUCCACUUGACGAAAAAGAUGUCUGACCAACCAAUGCGUCGGAAAAAUAAAAACCAGUGUACCACUGAAAAAUCACACACCUCAUGACGGUCAUUUUUCAGUGUCACUGUUUAUGCUUCAA